UCGAUCACGUCACACUCACACACAUAUAUUCAUCAGCGCGCGCACUGUCUCUCUCUGCUCCAGUACUAGUAGUCAGGAUCAACUUGUUAGGGAUGAGCGCUGGUCCUGGUUCGGGUUCGGGGUCGGGUUCGGGUGCGGGUUCGGGCUUCGGUAAAGCCCUGGUCAUCAUCACCGGGGCGUCGCGAGGCUUCGGCCGGGCUCUGGCUCUCUCCGUGGCGCCUCACCUGGCUCCGGGCUCGGUUCUGGUGCUCUCGGCCCGCUCGGAGGACCUGCUCCUGGAGCUGAAGCGGGAUCUGGUCCGCGGGGACCCCGGGAUCACGGUCCGGUGUGUGGCCGCAGAUCUCGGGUGUAAAGCGGGAGUGGAGGGACUCAUCGCCGAGACCCGAGACUGCGCGACCGAGCCCGGGAUCCAGACUCUGUUGCUCGCCAAUAACGCCGCUUCUCUCGGGGACGUGUCUCGGCGCUGUCGGGACUUCACGGAUGUGUGUGAGGUGGACUCGUACCUGUCGCUGAACGUGAGCUCGGCGUUGUGUGUGACGGCGGGGGUGCUGCGCGCGGUGCCGGGCCGCUCGGGUCUGACGCGGGUCGUGCUGAACGUCAGUUCUCUGUGUGCGCUGAGGCCCUUCCCCUCCUGGGUGCUGUACUGCAGCGGGAAGGCGGCCCGAGACAUGAUGUUCCGCGUGCUGGCCGAGGAGGAGCCGGACCUCAGGGUCCUCAACUACGCCCCAGGCCCCCUGGACACGGACAUGCAGCUCCAGGCGAGGAGCCGUUCUGCCGACGACGCUCUCAGGAACACGUUUAGCGUCAUGCAUGCUAGCGGUCAGCUCCUGACCUGUGACCAGUCGGUCAGCAAACUCCUGACGGUCCUGCUGGAGGACACGUACCCCUCGGGAGCGCACCUCGACUACUACGACCUCUAGAGGUCACUCUCACACACGGCAUCAAGAUCUUCCCGUCUUUCUUUCUUCAGUCGAAAAGAAAUGAAGGUUUUUGAGGAAAAUAUAUAUUCCAUAUAGUGUCUUCAAUGGGGUCCAACGGGUCGAAUGUGAGUUUCACGAUCCAGCCGAGGAAUAAGAGUCUGAUCUAGACAAACCUGCCGACAUUUAUACCCAAAUACAGAUUUAUACACUUAAACCACUAAUGCUGGUCUUGAAUCUUGAAACUGCAAUUUGGACCUUCAACCCGUUGGACCCCAUUGAGGUCCAUUAUAAACUUGAAGUGAAGUUGUGCUGGUGUUUUCUCCUCUAUUGUGUCGUAUAUCGAGUGAAACUUUUCUGGAAUGAGAACAAAUGUGGGCGGGGCUUGAAUGUGUCUGUGGGGAGUUGAUUGGAUGGUUAGAUGGUUGUGGUUUGCUAUUGGCUGAUCUCAUGUGAGUGACAGGUUAUAGCCCCGCCCCCGUUAUCAUUGAAGAGAAGCUGCGAGAGGAACUGAUUCUGAUUCAAGAUUAUUAACACUAUGAUGAUGAUGUGCACCCAUAAAUCAUUUAGAAUAAUCAAGUCCAUUAAAAACUAUAAUUGUCCAUUUGGAUUUCACUUAAUGAUUGCGUUUGUGGCAGACGUUCUGUAAUAAACGAAUCUCAUUUACUGUAGAGCUAAUUAAUGAAAGUGACUGUCAGAGAGGAGUGAUCUUCAGUCAGUGUUGAAACGGUUUGGAAUAUUUCAAGUGCCUUAAUUUAUGCAUAAACUACAGAUUAAUUUGCUCUCAGAUUAUAACCUGACGUUCUGGACCAAAAGAAAACUCUUGUAUGUCAUUGUUUUGCCAAGCGUUUCUAAUAUAUAUAUAUUACUGAUAUUUUAUUAAUAAUUACACUAAAGGCUUUGCUUUCAUGUGCAAAUGUGUUUUUAUUCAGGAUUCCUCACUUUAUAUCUUAAAUUGCUAGCUGUUUUUUUAUAUUUUAUAUAUUUGAUUUGACUUUUUUUCAAUAACCAAAAUUUUGCGUAUAUGUGUUGUGUGUAUUCAGUAUAAUGAUUGACUUGUAUAAAAUCGUGAAGUGUUUCUCUGGCGUCUCCGGAUUAAAAGCCUGUUGGUUCCAGCAGUGUGUGUGUGUGUGUGUGUGUGUGUGUGUGUGUGUGUGUGUCGUGUCCAGCAUCUCUUUCUCUCUGUGAACACUUGAUGAACGCCUGAUGUAAACGCGCCUGUUUCCCAAAUCUGUGACUAAAGAGGGUUCAUUUUACAGA